CCGGCCGGCUUCCGCGGCCGGUGCUGGUGGGCGAUCGUGAGGCGGUGGAGGACGUUUCCAGCGGCCGCAGCCAUGGAGAUGCCGCUGCCGCCCGAUGACCAGGAGCUUCGGAAUGUCAUCGACAAGCUCGCUCAGUUCGUGGCUCGCAACGGGCCCGAGUUCGAGAAAAUGACGAUGGAGAAGCAGAAGGACAACCCUAAAUUCUCGUUUCUGUUCGGAGGCGAGUUCUACAGUUACUACAAGUGCAAGCUGGCGCUGGAGCAGCAGCAGCUCAUCUGCAAGCAGCAGGCCCCAGAGCUGGAGCAGACCACAGCUAUGCCUCCUCUGCCUCAACCUCCUCUGGCUCCCACAGCAUCCCUCACUCCAGCCCAAGGCACCCCAUCAGUGGACGAGCUCAUCCAGCAGAGCCAGUGGGGCCUCCAGCAGCAGGAGCAGCACCUGCUGGCCCUGCGCCAGGAGCAAGUGACAGCAGCUGUGGCGCAUGCACUGGAGCAGCAGAUGCAGAAGCUGCUGGAAGAGACACAGCUGGACAUGAGUGAGUUUGACAACCUGCUGCAGCCUAUCAUUGACACCUGUACGAAGGAUGCCAUCUCGGCUGGGAAGAACUGGAUGUUCAGCAAUGCCAAGUCCCCGCCACACUGUGAGCUGAUGGCAGGUCACCUGCGCAACCGCAUCACCGCUGAAGGCGCGCAUUUCGAGCUGCGGCUGCACCUCAUCUAUCUGAUCAAUGACGUGCUGCACCACUGGGCCCUGACGCGCGGAAGGUCUCUCCCUCACAGCCAGCGCAAGCAGGCCCGGGAGCUGCUGGCUGCCCUGCAGAAGGUGGUUGUGCCCAUCUAUUGCACCAGCUUCCUGGCUGUGGAGGAGGACAAGCAGCAGAAGAUCGCUCGGCUCCUGCAGCUCUGGGAGAAGAACGGCUACUUUGACGACUCCAUCAUUCAGCAGCUGCAGAGCCCCGCCCUGGGACUCGGCCAGUACCAGGCCACACUCAUCAAUGAGUACUCGUCAGUGGUGCAGCCUGUGCAGCUGGCCUUCCAGCAGCAGAUCCAGAGCCUCAAGACACAGCAUGAGGAGUUUGUCAGCAGCUUGGCCCAGCAGCAACAGCAGCCACAGCCACAGCCACAGCAGCAGCCACAGAUCCAGCUGCCUCAGAUGGAAGCAGAAGUGAAGGCCACGCCCCCACCACCAGCACCACCGCCGGCCCCAACACCUGCCCCCGCCAUCCCACCAACUACCCAGCCAGAUGACAACAAGCCUCCCAUCCAGAUGCCUGGCUCUUCAGAGUACGAGGCCUCGGCUGGUGUCCAGGACCCUGCAGCGGCAGGCCCUCGCGGCCCAGGCCCCCAUGAGCAGAUCCCGCCAAGCAAGCCCCCGUGGUUUGAUCAGCCUCAUCCCGUUGCCCCUUGGGGUCAACAACAGCCACCUGAGCAGCCCCCGUACCCGCACCACCAAGGUGGACCACCCCACUGCCCACCCUGGAACAACAGCCACGAGGGCAUGUGGGGUGAGCAGCGAGGGGACCCUGGCUGGAAUGGGCAGCGAGAUGCCCCCUGGAACAACCAGCCAGACCCCAAUUGGAAUAACCAGUUUGAAGGACCGUGGAACAACCAGCAUGAGCCGCCACCCUGGGGUGGUGCCCAGCGUGAGCCGCCCUUCCGGAUGCAGCGGCCCCCCCACUUCCGUGGGCCCUUCCCACCCCACCAGCAGCACCCACAGUUCAACCAGCCUCCACACCCCCACAACUUCAACCGCUUCCCACCACGCUUCAUGCAGGAUGACUUCCCACCUCGCCACCCUUUUGAGCGGCCACCCUACCCUCACCGAUUCGACUAUCCCCAGGGGGACUUCCCCGCAGACAUGGGACCCCCUCAUCACCACCCUGGUCACCGCAUGCCACACCCUGGGAUCAAUGAGCACCCACCCUGGGCUGGGCCCCAGCACCCCGACUUCGGCCCUCCUCCCCACGGCUUCAAUGGUCAGCCCCCCCACAUGCGGCGACAGGGCCCACCUCACAUCAACCAUGACGACCCCAGCCUGGUCCCCAAUGUGCCCUACUUCGAUCUUCCAGCGGGGUUAAUGGCCCCUCUUGUGAAGCUGGAGGACCACGAGUACAAGCCUCUAGACCCCAAAGACAUCCGCCUGCCGCCCCCCAUGCCGCCCAGUGAGCGGCUGCUGGCGGCUGUGGAGGCCUUCUACAGCCCACCCUCCCAUGACAGGCCGAGGAACAGUGAGGGCUGGGAGCAGAACGGCCUCUACGAAUUCUUCCGAGCUAAGAUGCGGGCGCGACGGCGCAAGGGCCAGGAGAAGAGGAACAGCGGCCCCUCCAGGUCACGCAGCAGGUCCAAGAGCCGAGGCCGCUCCUCAUCUCGCUCCAGCUCGCGCUCCUCCAAGUCCUCCCGCUCCUCCUCCCGCUCACGGUCCCGCUCCCGCUCACGGUCGUCCUCCCGCUCCAGAUCCAGAAGCCGCAGCCGGUCGCGUUCCUCCCGGAGCCGCUCCAGGUCCAGGUCCAGAUCAAGGUCCAAGUCCUACUCCCCAGGGAGGCGGCGCCGCUCCAGGUCCCGGAGCCCCACCCCACCCUCCGCAGCUGGCCUGGGUUCUAACUCGGCACCUCCCAUACCGGAUUCUAGGCUUGGAGAAGAGAAUAAAGGCCACCAGAUGCUGGUGAAGAUGGGCUGGAGCGGGUCUGGUGGCCUCGGCGCUAAGGAGCAGGGCAUCCAGGACCCCAUUAAGGGCGGUGACGUGCGGGAUAAGUGGGACCAGUAUAAGGGCGUGGGCGUGGCCCUGGACGACCCUUACGAGAACUACCGCCGCAACAAGAGCUACUCCUUCAUUGCCCGCAUGAAGGCCCGCGAUGAGUUCUCCACGUUUGGGGCACGAAAAGAAGAGAAGGAAGACUGAGCACAGCCUGGGCGCGCUGCAGUGUGGAGGGC